AUGUAUCGAAACUGUAUAGGAGAUGUACCAAAAAUAUAUCUCGAAGGCAUUGAGGUACCACCAUUGACGAGAAGACGCAUAUCAAUGAUAUAUUUAUCAUUGUUGGGCCUUUGCAACAAGACUAUUUGGGAUUUCAGGUCUGUUAAUGUUCCUAGUUCAGUGAUGGAAGGAAAAAGUCAGCUUUGUUGGCAGAAACCGGAUGAAGGUUGGAUUAAAAUCAACACGGAUGCGGGUAAUUUUCAGAAUGGUUCAUGGGGUUUGGGUGUUGUUGGCAGAGAUAACAAUGGAGAUAUUAUUGUUGCUGGACAUGUGAGGAAGAGGGCCUCGCCGGAGAUUAUUUGUGCCGAAGCGGAAGCGGUAAAAUGGGGUUUGGAAUUAGCUCGAGACUGUUCUUUAAAUCAGAUUGUUAUUGAAAGUGAUAAUUCUGCCUUGAUUGCUGCAUUCUGCAACAAUGGUGUGUUUUUAAAUGAGCUUGGGGAUAUUCUGAAUGAGAUUCGAAAUUUGGCUAUAGGAUUUGAACAGGUUUUGUGGAAAGCGGUUCCCCGAAUUCGCAAUCAGUUGGCUCAUGAUCUUGCCAAGGAAGCUGCUGCUGAAGAUGAGUUCAUAUGGAUAGAAGAUAUUCCAGAAUUGUUUCAACAGAAAUGGCUGGAGGAAAAGAUUAGAAGUUGUGAGUUAAGUGGUAGUUAG